AUGGAGCAAGAGAAAAACUUGUUGGUCUCAGAUUCUAAAUGCUUCACCAAAAGGAUGAGUUUGCAAAGCUCUUUUACAGGAGAUGAAAGUAAGAAUAAUUUAGAAACUACUCAACACAAUAACCAUAAGGCAGAUAAAGAGAGACCCUCAAAAUGGUCUAAAAGAGAUGGCCUGCAAAAUUGUAAGCAUGAGGAUACAAAAGAAAUACCACUGACAGGGUCCCAAGGAGAUGAAACUCAGUGUAAUAGUUUCUAUGGGAAUAAUGGCAAGUCAGAGAAUCGCAAAAAUUCUACAGGAAAAGAGGAAGAAAAACCCAAUGAUGGGGGAUGGGACCCAGGAGAACACGCCAGUGCCUCUGUCCAGCAGAAUUCAUUCUUCAGAGACAAACCCUACAAAUGUUCUGAAUGUUGGAAAAGUUUCAAUAACAGUUCUCAUUUGCGUGCUCACCAACGGACCCAUUCAGGAGAGAAACCUUAUAAAUGCUCUGAGUGUGGGAAAUGCUUCAGUAACAGCUCUCACCUGAUUCAACAUCUGAGAACACACACAGGAGAGAAGCCUUACCAGUGUGGAGAAUGUGGGAAAAGCUUCAGCAAUACUUCCCAUCUUAUUAUCCAUGAGAGGACUCACACAGGAGAGAAACCCUAUAAAUGUCCUGAGUGUGGUAAGAGUUUCAGCAGCAGCUCUCACCUGAUUCAGCAUCACAGGUUACACACUGGUGAAAAACCAUAUGAAUGUGCUGUUUGUGGGAAAUGCUUCAGCCACAGUUACGUCCUAAUAGAACAUCAAAGGACUCAUACCGGAGAAAAACCUUAUCAAUGCCCUGACUGUGGGAAGGGUUUUAGUCAGAGUUCCAGCCUGAUUCGCCACCAGCGGACACAUACAGGUGAGAAGCCCUACAAAUGUAAUGAGUGUGGAAAAAGCUUUGGUUGUAAUUCUACUCUAAUAAAGCAUCAAAGAAUACAUACAAAAGAAAAACCCUACCGGUGUACAGAAUGUGGGAAGAAUUUCAGUCGAAGUUCAAACCUUAUUGCACAUCAGAAAACACACACAGGAGAAAAACCCUAUGAAAAUUCAGAUUGUGAAGAAAGUUUGAGUCAGAACUGCAGUGUGAUAGAAGAAUGUCGGACCCAUUCAGGAGAGAAGCCAUAUAAAUGUUGUGAAUGUGGAAAGAGUUUUGGUCUCAGCUCCCAUCUCAUCAGACAUCAGAGGACACAUACGGGAGAAAAACCUUACAGGUGUUCUGAGUGCUGGAAAACUUUUAGUCAGAGUUCCACCCUGGUGAUUCACCAAAGGACACACACAGGAGAGAAACCUUAUAAAUGUCCUGAUUGCAAUGAGUGCUUUAGUCAAAGCUUUAACCUUAUCAGGCACCGGAGGACUCACAUAGGAGAAAAACCUUACAAAUGUACCGACUGUGAAAAAUGCUUCAGCAGAAGUGCCUACCUCAGUCAGCAUCGGAAAAUUCACAUACAAAAAUCUUUUCAGUCUCCUGAGGUUGAAGGUUUUCCUCCUGAAUGGACUUGGAAAGACUGUUCAGGGGAACUGGCCAUCAUCUCAUCAUUUUCAGUCCCAAAUUCAUCUUCCUCUUAA